UGCGCCCGGCGCGGCCCGGCCCGGCCCGGCUGUCAGCGCGGCGCGCCGGAAGGGGCCGAGGGCGGCCUGACGGACGGAAGCCCGCGGCGGCGGCCAUGGGGGUGCCCAAGUUCUACCGGUGGAUCUCGGAGCGGUACCCGUGCCUCAGCCAGGUGCUCAAGGAGCAUCAGAUUCCAGAAUUUGACAACUUGUACCUGGACAUGAAUGGUAUCAUCCAUCAGUGUUCACACCCUAAUGAUGAUGAUGUUCACUUCAGAAUUUCAGAUGAUAAGAUCUUUGCUGAUAUUUUUCACUACUUGGAAGUAUUAUUUCGUAUUAUUAAGCCAAGAAAGGUUUUCUUUAUGGCAGUUGAUGGAGUGGCUCCAAGAGCAAAAAUGAACCAGCAGCGUGGGAGACGUUUUAGGUCAGCAAAAGAGGCAGAGGACAAAAUUAAAAAGGCUUUAGAUAAAGGAGAAACUCUCCCAUCAGAAGCCAGAUUUGACUCCAACUGCAUUACACCAGGCACUGAUUUCAUGGCGAGGUUGCACGAACAUCUGAAGUAUUUUGUAAAUAUGAAGAUUUCCACAGACAAAUCCUGGCAAGGCGUAACUAUCUACUUAUCAGGCCAUGAGACUCCAGGUGAAGGAGAACAUAAAAUUAUGGAAUUUAUCAGAUCAGAGAAAGCAAAGCCUGAUCAUGAUCCAAACACGAGACACUGUCUUUAUGGCUUAGAUGCUGACUUGAUUAUGCUUGGAUUAACAAGUCACGAGGCACAUUUCUCUCUCUUAAGAGAAGAGGUCAGGUUUGGUGGCAAAAAAUCUCAGAGAGCAUGUGCACCAGAAGAAACUACGUUUCACUUACUACACUUGUCAUUAAUGAGGGAAUAUAUUGACUAUGAGUUUUCACCAGUCAAAGACAAGAUUUCCUUUGAAUUUAACAUUGAAAGGAUAAUAGAUGAUUGGAUUCUAAUGGGAUUUCUUGUAGGCAAUGACUUUAUCCCUCAUCUACCUCAUUUACAUAUUAAUCACGAUGCACUGCCUCUGCUUUAUAGAACUUAUAUGGCUAUUUUGCCAGAACUUGAUGGUUACAUCAAUGAAAAUGGACAUUUAAACUUAAAACGCUUUCAGAAAUAUCUUACAAAAUUGUCAGAUUUUGAUCGUGAGCACUUCAGUGAAGUCUUUGUAGACCUAAAAUGGUUUGAAAGCAAAGUAGGCAAUAAAUAUCUCAAUGAGGCAGCUGGAGUUGCAGCAGAAGAAGCAAGAAACAGUAAGCAAAAGAAACAGAAGGCUCAGGAAAACUCCAUGUGUUUGGCUGCUUUAGAAAAAACUGAGGACGUCAUCACAGGUACUUGUAAAAUUUCAGAAGUAUUAGAAGAUGAACCAGAAGAUGAUGACCUGUUCGAGACUGAGUUUAGGCAAUACAAGAGAACUUACUAUAUGACUAAAAUGGGUGUCGACAUAGUUUCAGAUGACUUUCUGGCUGAUCAGGCUGAAUGUUACGUUCAGGCAAUACAGUGGAUUUUGCAUUAUUACUACCAUGGGGUUCAGUCAUGGAGCUGGUAUUAUCCUUAUCAUUAUGCACCUUACCUAUCAGAUAUUCACAACAUCAGUAAACUCAAAAUCCAGUUUGAGUUAGGAAAACCUUUCAUGCCGUUUGAACAACUUCUUGCAGUACUUCCAGCAGCUAGUAAAGAUCUGCUACCUAAAUGCUACCAGCACUUGAUGACCAGUGAAGACUCUCCAAUCAUAGAAUACUAUCCACCAGAUUUUAAAACAGACUUAAAUGGAAAACAGCAAGAAUGGGAAGCUGUGGUGCUGAUUCCAUUUAUUGAGGAAAAACGAUUGCUACAAGCCAUGGAAUCUUGCAACAAAUACCUAAUGGAAGAGGAGAGGCGAAGAAAUACACACAGCGGGUGCCUAAUGUACUGGCAUAACAGAGAUACAGAGUUCAAAUACCUGUCACCAUGGCCAGAAAAAUUCCCUGCUAUCGAAAGAUGCUGCACCAGGUAUAAAACCAUAGCCUUGGAUGCCUGGCAUGUAGAAAUAACCCACAAUAAAAUUACUAAAAUUAACAAGAGUGCUUUGUAUUUCUGUGGGUUUCCUACUUUAAAGCACAUUAAACAUAAGUUCUAUCUAAAAAAAAAUGGAGUACAAGUUUUCCAGCAGAGCAGCCAUGGAGAAAACAUGAUGUUAGACAUUGUAAUUGAUGAGGAUUCAAAAGAGCAGACUGUAGAAAAUGUGGCCAGUUUGGUGCUUGGAAAGUCGGUCUUUGUUAACUGGCCCCACCUUGAAGAAGCCAGAGUUGUAGUUGUGUCAGAUGGAGAAACAAAGUUUUAUUUGGAAGAACCACAUGGAACACAGAAGCUUUACCUGGGAAAUGCUGUGCCACCGACUAAAGUGGCAUAUGUCGGAGACAAAGAACAGAACAUCUGGUUAAAAGAAGUUCAAGGGAUUACAGAACACUACCAGAGAAGAAAAGGAAUAAUUGUAAAUAAAACCUCAGUAGUUGUGUAUGCUCAACUACUCACUGGUCGUAGAUAUCAGCUAAAUCAAAGUGGUGAUGUUUAUUUGGAAAAGCAGUGGUCAAAACAAGUUCUUCCUUUUGUUUACCAAACUGUUGUUAAGGAUAUCAAAGCAUUUGACUCCCACUUUUCCAACAUUAAAACCUUGGAUGACCUGUUUCCUCCUGGAAGUACAGUCUUUAUGCUAGGAUCACCUUAUUAUGGCUGCACAGGAGAAGUUCAGGAUUCAUGCGAUGUGAUCACAGAAGGUAGAAUUCGUGUUGUUUUCAGCAUUCCAUGUGAACCACAGCUUGAUGCUUUAAUACAGAAUCAGCAUAAAUAUUCUGUGAAGUACAAUCCUGGAUAUGUAUUAGCCAGUCGUCUUGGAAUAAGUGGAUAUCUUGUCUCCAGGUUUACGGGAAGUAUAUUUAUUGGAAGAGGAUCCAGGAAAAAUCCCCAUGGAGACCACAAGGCAAACGUGGGGUUGAACCUGAAGUUCAAUAAGAAGAAUGAAGAGGUGCCUGGCUAUACUAAGAAGGUUGGAAAUGAAUGGAUGUAUUCUUCUUCAGUAGAGCAACUUCUUGCAGAGUAUUUAGAAAGGGUCCCUGAACUCUUCAGUUAUAUAGCCAAAAAUAGUCAAGAAGAUAUAUUUUUUGAAGAUGACAUUUGGCCUGGUGAGGAUGAGAAUGGGGCUGAGAGAGUUCAAGAAAUUGUUGCCUGGCUGAAAGCACAUCCUGUCAGUGCAUUGUCUCGUUCAUCUUGUGACUUACAAAUUUUGGAUGCAGCUAUAGUUGAGAAAAUUGAAGAAGAAAUAGAGAAAUGCAAGCAAAGAAAGAGUAACAAGAAGGUGCGAGUAACAGUGAAACCCCAUUUGUUAUAUAGGCCUUUAGAACAACAGAAUGGGGUUGUUCCAGAUCGAGAUGCAGAGUAUCGACUGUUUGAUCGUGUUGUCAAUGUGAGGGAAAACUUCUCUGUUCCAGUUGGUCUCCGAGGUACCAUUAUAGGAAUUAAAGGAGCCAAUAGAGAAACAGAUGUGCUCUUUGAAGUAUUGUUUGAUGAAGAAUUCCUUGGAGGCUUAACAAUAAGGUGCUCACCUGCCAGAGGUUAUCGUCUACCAUCAAGUGCCUUAAUUAAUCUGUCUCAUGGUAAUCGGUCAGAAACAGGCAACCAGAAAUUGACAGCCAUAGUGAAACCGCAACCAGCUGUGAAUCAGUAUAACUCUUACUCAUCUGAUCCAUCAUCUGUAUGCUCACAAAAGGUGCAUCUAGGAGGCCUCAACCAUUCUCCUCGUUCUCUUUUUGUUCCUACCCGAGCUCGUAGUAAACAAGAUGAUGAAUUUUGCAGCAUCUGGCAAUCAUUGCAAGGCUCUGGGAAAUCUCAACCUGUUCAACAAAACAUACACGCAAAGGGCACAAUUCUACCUCAAGAAGCAAAGCCAGGAGCUGGUAACCAAUUUUAUAAACCAGGCUUCAGUGAGAACAGUCUUAAAGGCCAGCAAAAAAAACAGGAGCCAUUUAAAAAGUUCAAAGAAGAUUCUAAAGGUUUAAGAAAUGAAGGUUCUUCACAAAAAAUACCAACUAAACAGAGUUUUGCAGGAGGAAAUAAAUAUAAUGUUAAGCUUUUGAAGAGAAAUGAAAGUCCAAAUGUGCCUUGUCUUCAAAAGGCUACUGUUGAUGGGCCCUGUAUAGCUGGGAAGAAGGACAUUGAACUUGAAAGUCUUCUAGCAUCUUUGAAAAUCUCCAAAGAAAGUGAAGAGCAGUCAUCUUAUUCCAAGGAAGAAAGAGCUACAAAUGAAGAACAUUUAUCUCCACAGUCUUUUGUUAUGAAAGGAACACAGAUGCUUAAAGAAAUCUUGAAAAUUGAUGGCUCUGAUGCAGAAAACAAGAAUGAAGUUAAGCUGCUGAUUAAUGAAGUUCCUGCUUCCUCUUAUAGACAAGAUUCCCAUGGACCUGCCUCACAGCAUAGGCAAGCAAAAAAAAUUGCUGCUUACAUGAACAAGCCUUAUAACAUCAGAGGCCCUCAGAAUCCUCAAGUGUUGGAUGCUGGAGGUCACCCUUUCCUUGGUCCACAGUCUACCCCUGUAUCAGAACUUUCUCGUAUUUGUUCUCUUGUUGGAAUGUCUCAACCAGAUUUCUCUUUCCUCAGGACACCACAGACCAUGAUGGUUUGUCAGGUAAAAUUAUCCAAUGGCUUAUUAAUACAUGGACCUCAGUGUCAAUCUGAAAGUGAAGCCAAGGAGAAAGCUGCCCUUUUUGCUUUACAACGCUUGAGUUCUGUUGGAGUGAACUUUCCUUUGCCGCCAGCACCACCAAUGUUUUCAAAUUAUCAACCUGUUGGAGCUUCACUAUCACCUGGAUCCGUUCCUCCAGUCUUCACACAACCCACUGCAAAUAUAAUGCCCUCAUCAUCUCACAUGUUUAAUCCAAUGCCAUGGGGAGCUCCAGUGCCAAUUCAUGGCAAACCUUACUAUCCUGGUUCCUAUCAAGGGAAUAUGCCUCUUACGGGAACUGUACCAGUUGGUACUCACAACCAGUUUAUACCUCUGCAGGUAACUAAAAAACGGGCUGCUAGCAAGAAAAAUUUCGAGUUCAAGGAGUUCCAGGUUUCUCCUCAAGCUGCACCAAUAAAGAAUGAACAACCAAUGUCUUCUGAUCAUAUUCAACAAGAUAAUUCAACAACUUUAAAAGCUGCUCAAGACAAUGUAGCUAUGUCAAGUGUUCCUCAUAGCAAACCAAACGCUUCCAGCAAGCGAAAAGCAAGAAAGCUGGCAGUCAAUUUUGGCGUACCAAAAUCCUCAGAAUAAAUAUGGUAGCUAGAUUGAUUUUAUUUUUAAUUCUUCCCAUAGAAUUAUCUUAUAAAAAGUUGGAACGCACUAUUUAAAAAGAAAGCAUUUUAAAUAUAAUAGAGUGAGAGAAAAUGUCAGUUAGGCUUUUCAUUUAAGACCUUGAAUUAAACUAACAAAAGCUCGGAAGUUUUGAAUUAAGGUCACCACACCAUCCAUUGUGCCUAAGUCUCUGAACAGUGGCUUACAUAUUAUACCAUGUGCACAGCAAUAAUACAGUGGCCACCCAAAUUCAGAAUUGCCUUGUUUUUGGAGUAGGAUUUAAGGGCAGUAGUAAGUCAGGUGUUAAACAUUGGCUUAAUAUGAUCUUUUGUAUUUUAGCUCCUUUUUAAUGAUAGGAAGAAAAGGAUUUUAUUUAGAUGUUACUUUCAUAUUGGCUUUCUGGAUCAUUAUGAUCUUGAAGCAAUAUGAUUAGAACUGAGCUACAGUGGCACUGCCAGAUUUGCUAUAAAUUCAGUAAUUUCUGGGUUUUAUGCCAAAGGGUAGCAAUUCUAAAACUGUCUGAAUUUAAAUAUUAUUAAUGCUUAUAAAUUUUGUUACAGGGUGAGUUUUAUUACAUGGCAAAAUCAAAGGGUUGUUGACAAAACCAGAGUAAAUUUAUGCCGUAAAAUUGGCUUAAGAACACAUUAACUGCAAAUCUAUUUGCAAAUGGAAGUCCUCACUUUAAAGUAUAUUAAUAUAUGUUGCUAGCUAUAAUUUUUUUAUAAUAUGCUUCUUCUCUGCUAAUUAACAAGCUCUUAAUGGACAUCUCCAAAAGCCACUGAAAUCCUGAAAUUUUCUAAAUUAUACAAUGAGCACAAAGGUGUCUUGUAUGUAUAGUAUAGUAAGCAAAAUUAUGCACAUCCUUCGAGUUCAUUUCUCUCACCUACAAUUUUCCCUGUAGAGACUAUAGUAAUUCGGCAUGAAUUUUUGUACAUUGUUUUGUCUGUUAGCUGACUUUUUAUAUUUAUUUUAAUUACUUGAUAAACUAUAUGGUGGCAGAGGACAUGCUAAAUUGUCCUUGUUAAUUUAGAGUUCCAAACUUAUUCCUUAAUUUCCACACAAAAAAAUCUUGACUUGCCUUUUGAAAGGAAUUAUCAUUUCAUCUUCAUACGUUAUGCAGCUAAUCCAUUUAAAAGCAAGGGAAAACUCAGAGGACCCUGUGCUACUUUUGAUCCAUGUAUACAGUGCUCAUUAACAGCAAUGGGAAUUCUGCAGAUCUAAGGUAAAAUUUGUUCUAAAGUCUCAAACUUUGGUCUGCAGAUAUUUGGAUAUUCAGCUCAAUUUUACCUUAUUCUAGCCUGCCCUAGUAAAAAUAGUUUCCCUAUAAACCCCUGUAGAUUUAAAGGUAUGUCAGACCUUAAUCUUCAGUCCAUGUUCUCUAAGCAGAUUUCACAUUGACCAUUAAAAUUGGCAUAAUUUCUUUAGUUUCUUACCUUGCUAUUUUUCCAAGGUUUAAAUUCUUUACUUUCCUAUAGUAGCAUCCAGUUUUCUUUGACUGAUAUUUCACUUCAUAGGGCUUUUUAUUCAUUACCCUAAUCAGUUUUUGUCUUAUUUCUUCUCUCCUACCAGUGAAGGGUUUUUGAUAGCUGUUUCUAUCCUUCCUAUUCUGUCCUAGAAAUAGCAUGGUCUGAGGAAUUUUAUUUUGCAUUUUCUAUCUGCAUAUAUGUUGUCUUCGCCUCUGGUACUCUAAACUUUUUAUAACUGUCUGUACACAAUCAUAAAACCCUAUCAAGAUUUUUUAGCUUUGAGUGUCUUGAGAAAUGUUCUACCAAGGAAAAUUUGACCUUCACGAUGUAUUGUUACUUCUAUCAAGGAACCAGGUCUAUGACAUCAUAUUGACACUGGUAUACAUAUUUCUCCAAAUUUGAUUACCAGACAUUAGAUUUCCAGUUCCUUGUACUAUGAUUUGAGUGCCAGGGGAAGAGAGGAUCUAUUAAUGUCCCCACAGUGAUGAAAAUUAGAAUAUGUUCUGAUCUAAAAAGAGGUUCUAAUCUCCCUUAAAACCUUGUUUCAUGUGUCAUUCCCUAGGGUUGCAGAGGUAGUUGAUGAUUGGCUAGCUUGUAAUUUCACCAAGUAUACAAAUAGCUAAAGAAAGUUUAUGAAGGACACUAUUCCAAUGCCAGUAUAUAUAGCCAUUUUUCCCCUGUGAAAAUGGUUUCUGUUUUCAGGCCAAGAGCUGAAUCUUUUUUCUACAGUCACCGAAACUGCCAUACCUGAUUUGUCUAAUAUGUGGUUCUACAUCUGCUGUGUACUAUAAUAUGUUUCGCAUGUGCCCUUAUUGUUUAUUUUAUCUUGAUUUUAUGUUCUGUGAAUUACUAAGUGCCCAGCUGACUACUUUUAGAUUUCACAUGUCCUGCCACCUGUAAUGUGUACAUCAACUAUGCCAUGCCCUUGUUUCAACUAUUUUGUUUUAUAUUUCAACUGUACAAUUGUUUAAUUCAUAAAAAAUAUAACUUUAAGCAUUCAUUUUUUCUCAUAGAUAUAAAGUAUUUUGUAAGUACUGGAAUUUUUCAUUAGAUCUUAUACAGAGCAGUAUUUUAUUAAAAAUUCAAAAGGGAAGACUUUUACGUGUGCAUUUUUGUAGCUUGAUUUUUUUAAAAUAACUUUUCAUUGUUUACCUGCCAAGUGAAAUGUUUUCAAUUUGCAUAUGGAUGGAUACAAAAUGUAUUUUUUGUGCUGUUUAGUGUUAAGUUGUGCAUUUGCAGAUUUUUAGCAUGUAGUUGCACAAAUGGUUGUGCAGAGAUGCUUUAAAAUAUAACAUACAACAAAGAAAAAAUAAUUGAUAAGAUGCUAUACAGAACUUUAAUUCAAUAGAGUAAUUUUAUAAAUAGUGUCUGUGUCUGCCUGAUUAAAUAUGGAAACUAGAAACAUUA